AUGCCGCCACUCUACCGUGCUGUUUCACAUCAGAGACUGGAUAUUGCAGAACGAUUGAUCCUUCAACAUGGUGCGAGUGUAGACUCCGAGUACGGUGGAAAGUCAACUCUCCUUCUGGCUAUUGAGCUGAGGUAUCCACAAGCGGUGGCUUUGCUCCUCAAACACAAAGCACAUGUUGGCUAUUGCUGUGACUUCAGAGGCCGCGGUCUUCUUUCCGUUGCGACUGCCUAUGAUACUACGGUCGCCAUAGUCAGGCAGCUACUCCAGCAAACGGAUAUCGAUGUCAAUGAUCGCUGCUCCGCCGGCAUGACAGCAGUCAUGUAUGCUAUAGAGCACCGCCAGUAUGCUAUUCUUCAACUGCUAUUAUUGGAUCCGCGAGUAGAGCUCAACGUGGAGAAUAAUGUUGGGCAAACCCCUCUGCAUUUUGCUAUUAGCAAAGAGGACUACUUGUCCGUUCAAAUCCUGGUCCAGAACUAG